AUGUGGUAUAUUAAACACUAGACGUGAAUAUUAAAUAAUUACAUAUUUUAAAAACAUUCUGAUUUAAAGAUUUAGUGGUUAAUAAUAAACCAUUUGGAUCCCAUGUUGAGCCUGUGCCUCCGUGUUGUGCUCGUACCGCCGGUCUCCGCCAGGCGGCGGUGUCUCCGUCCACUCGGGUGUUGCCAGAGCAGGUGCGCCGAGGUGAGGCAGCGCGGAGAGUUCGGGUGUUUCCGUCGCGGCUCGGCAGUGAACCGCUGUGGAUGUGGGAAUGCGGUUGCCUGAGGCAGCAGCGGGCAUUGCUGGACACUCGGCUGAGAUGUGCGUACAGAAAGAGGAGCCCUCAGCGGUUGGCUGUCGUCCAAGUUAACGGGCUGUUUUGGGGAUGAGGGUGGCAGCUGCGGACGGCUGGGUGUCGCUCGCUGGGGUCUUUUCCUCCCUUAUUUUUCCGGGGAUUUUCUGUCUUGUGGGGGAGAGGGAAUGAGAGAGGAGCCAAGGAGGAUUCCCCAGCACUAUGGAGCCACGCAUUGCAGGCAGCUGUGAAAGGUGACAGUGACAUGAAAAGCAUCUGACCCUCAACUGUAAACCUUUAUAUGGUGCUGCUGCACGUCAGAGCGACAACACGUAACAGCAUCAAGUUGUGGAGUUUGUGAAGCCAACAGCAGCAUCAUGUUCUACGGUUCUUCCUCUGGGGCCAGUAUGUCCCUGCCAUCCAAGAGCCGCCUGAAACGCCAGAGCAGGACCUUCACACAGGUCUUGUACCGCACUCUGAGUUACAGAGACCGUGUCCCAGUAGAAACUGGAACAAACACUCGUGGGGACCGGCGUUCGACUACUGAACCCCCAGAGCGGCCGGCGGACGAUCCAGCUGAACUCUCCACGCAGAGCUCAGCCCCCGGGGUGCUGAAGAUCUUUGGAGAUGAAAUUUGUGCCGGUGCCAACUACAAGAGCGUCCUGGCCACACCGCGCUCCAGUGCACAGGAGCUGGUCAAAGAGGCACUCGAGCGUUACUCUCUCAACAAGAACGCUGCCCACUCUUACGUCCUGUGCGAUGUGAUCGGGCGUUUGGAGGGGGGUGGCGGGAUAGGAGGAGGGGGAUGGCGAACCGAGUGCCUGCGUGCGCUUGGGGACAAUGAAAAGCCGCUGUUGCUUCAAGAGCUGUGGAAACCCAGAGAGGGACACGCUCGCCGGUUUGAGCUGCGCAGGAGAGCAGAGGUGGAGGAAUUCAAUGCCAAAGAUAAGGACACCAUCACUGCUGGGCCCAAAACCUCCCAAUUCCUGGCGGCUCUAAUGGGUCGGUCUGGGCUGGGCAAACACAGGAGCUCCCCCCUGCGGUGUGGUCGAGCGGUACAGUCCAGCUCUAAAGAUAUUAAUGCUCAGGCUCGUAAGCUCCAGAGGAACAGGGCGAAAGGGACUCUGACCCUGCCCCGGUCCAGCAACUCAUCCUUCUGCCGCAGCCUCAGUGAGACCAGCCUCAACCAGCUGGGCGUUGGAGAUGAGCCCAAGCGUUAUUACUCCACCCUGCCAGGGCCCUUAAGGGGUAGAGAACGUGAGGUGGCCUCCAGUGGCCGGAGGAAAGAGGAGGGGAGUCAGGGAGGAGGAGGGGUGAGGCACUCGCUUUACCAGUCCCCGCACCUCCUGCUGCUACAGGGAUACAACAGGCAGGACUGCUUAGUGUACCUGCUGAACAGAGAGCAGCACACAGUCGGUCAGGAGACUCCGUCAGCUCGCCCCAACAUCUGCCUCUUCUCUCCUGACAUCCUGCCUCUCCACUGCCGCCUGCGCCGAGUCCCCGCACCCCGUCGUCAUGCCAACAAUAACAAGGGAGAGGAGCCGGCGGAGAGCCAGCGGUCCUGUGUUGCUGUUGAGCCUGUGCUCCACGCCACAGUUCUGGUGAACUUUUCCCGCUGCGAGCGCUCCACCACGCUGCGACACGGUGACCUCCUCUCCUUUGGAGCGCAUUACAUCUUCUUGUACAAGGACCCCGCGGGCGCUAAGCCUUUGCCUGCUCAGACCUUGGCACGCCUUAGGUCCCUGGGGCAGCUUUACGAUGCAGGGGUGGAGGAGGGAGAGAGCAGCACUCAGACUUGUAAGAUGUGUGGUUCUGUGCUGAAGGACAGAGCGGUACAGGCGUUGAGUGUUCCUGCAAUCAGACGCAGCUUCAAACCUCACCUGGUAAAACCCCGCUGUGGGGGGACAGUGACAGGAGCACCCCUUAGUGUGUCAGGAGGGGAAGGAGGAGGAGGAGGAGGAGGAGGAGGAGGAGGAAGAGGAGGAGGUCAGAAAAGAAGGCUACAGCUGGAGUUUGACCAGGCUCAUGAAGACCAGCUAUUGAACAGGAUUGUGUCUCUCAUAGAACCUGGAGGAGACGACCACAAACUGACGCCUGCCUACCUGCUGUGUCUGUGCAUACAACACUCUGCCUCAACCUUCCCUCCUGGGAGCUUUGGAAAACUGCUGCUCAAGAUUGUCAGACGAAUCCAGACCAUCGCAUGGGAGAAGACAAAGGAGCUGGCUCAGAAGCAAGCUCAGCACCAGGACCCGGCCUCCCUGUCUCUCCUUAGUAUCUCAGACUUAAUCCCAGACCUGCAAACCAUCUUCUUCUGGAUGUCCAACUCCAUCGAGAUCCUCUACUUCAUACAGCAACGAGCGCCAGCGUACACACACAGCAUAGAGACACUGCAAGGGUCAAAGGAGUCGUUGCUAUCGGCGACCAUAUCAGCCAAUGAGGAGGCAAUGACUAUCUUGGAAGAAGUGAUCAUGUACACUUUCCAGCAAUGUGUCUACUAUAUCACCAAGGCUCUUUAUGUAGUGUUACCAGGUUUGUUGGACUGUAAUCCAUUCCCAGUCGACAGCUCUGAGCCCUGCUGGAAAGGAGGUGUAGGGUUUCCUGAACCUGUGCGCAGGGUCUUGCAGGUGUUUCAGAACGCCCAGGAGCUGUUGCAAGGCUACCAGGUCCACCCGGAGAUACAGGCUCAGAUGUUCGCCUACCUCUUCUUCUUCUCCAACGUGUCGCUGUUUAACCAGCUAAUGGACAAAGGUCCAUCUCGGGGUUGGUUCCAGCGCUCGAAGGUGUUGCAGAUUCAGGCGUGUUUGCGAAUGGUCAUGGAGUGGGCGAGCAGGUCUGGUCUGGGACAUCUGGCUGAAAAGUUCUUCACCAAACUCAACAGCACUGUGUCCAUACUGGCCACGGCCCCACAACAGCUCACACAGUUGAGUUGGCGAGCUUUGUCCAGUGAGCACCCGGCUCUGAAACCUGUCCAGCUGCACAGGAUUCUCACCCAGUACCAGCUCACAGCAGAGAUAGGCCCGGUCCCAACAUGGCAACCCAGCAGCGAGGACGAGGCGUACAUUUACAGAACAGUGGACCUCCUGGAGAGCUUUGAGAACCACCCUCCCAUAGUGCUGCCCAGUGCCGGCUUCAGAGUGGACUUGGACAGCGAGUGCGUUGAAGACAGCAUCUACAGACAGCUGCUCUACAUCCGCCACUACCUGUGGGGGCUGCGCACCAAGACGCAAACACACACCAGCGCCCCUGGUGUGCACACGCACUCCAACGGCACCAACACAGCUGACUGGCCUGACGUUCAGAGGGAGUUGCUGCCUCCGGCCCACAGCAGUCCCCGCUCUGGGGUACCUGGGGACGAGGUGACGGCAGAGACAGGAGAGGAGAGAGGACGGGAAAGACCCCCAGGCCAAUCGCACACACACAGCCUCAGAAGGAACGGCAUCAUCCACCACACUCGCACAGCAAAUCCAGACCCGUCCUGCCUCUUAACCCCUCCCAACACCCCGCUGUACCCAGAAGGAGGAGGAGGAGGAGGAGGAGGGCAGAUCAUAGGCCCCAACACCCAGACUAACGGCUGCACCAGCAGAACUGUGGCAGAGUGUAAAAAGGCCAAUGGACUCAUCACCAACGGGCUAGAGGGGUGUAUUAGUGGGUGUGAGUUUCCUUUCCCUGUAUCCUCCCCUGGCGCCCCUCCCCUUCCUGAUGACUUGUGUGUGGUGUUUGUAGUGGAACUGGACAAGGGACCCUACGGACUGGGCAUGGGACUUAUAGACGGCCUGCACACUCCUCUCAACGCUCCAGGCAUUUACAUCCGGACUCUGAUCCCUGACGGACCUGCUGCCUCCGACGGCAGACUGAGGAUCGGAGAUCGCAUCCUGGCUGUGAACGGGACCAGUCUGAUAGGAGCAGACUACCAGAGCGCGGUGGAUCUGAUUCGUCUGGGAGGAGGUCGCCUACGUUUCCUGGUGGCCAAGUCCGACCCCGACAUCUCAGAGAAGAUCAGUGCCUCAUCCUGCUGACCACCUCUGAGACACGCACAACAUCAGACUGGAGAGGUAGGACAGCAAAACAUCGAGAGACACAGAUGUGUGCGCCCAUCAACAGGGUACACACAAAGACACACCCAUGUGUACAUACGCGGCUUCAAAUAUGAAUGUGAAAUCUAGCGUCAGCACAGCACAAAGCCAAGCAAUCAAACUGGAGAUAACGCUCCAUGACUCCACUCCACAGCUGCCAGACCUGCUUCCCCUCACGCUGACUCCUACUGGGUUUGUGUGACAGACAGAAUCUGUUACUUACCGUGACAUCAAAGGACUAUGCUGCGAAGAAAAGUUGCCUAAUUAAUCAGUGUUUGGGGCAAGCGAGCCAGUAUGCAGUCUGAUGUAGUUUAAAGCACAGUAGAUUGUAGGGUUUUAAUUUCUCCUCAGUUGGCGCUCGGAGCAUGUGCGCACAUUGAACUUUUUACCACCUGUAUUUUAGAAUAAUUUGUAUUAGUAAUCCAGACAUUCAGUAGCAUGGUAUAAUAGCUACCCAGCUCUUGGACAAAAGGACUCAAACUUGGACACAAACUGAGAAUGUACUUUACGAUUAUAGAAGCUUUUGCGGACAAACAAAGUGAGGACAGCCUCAGCGCACGCUGGAUGUUUUACACAGUGGAAUGUUUUAUAAUCAUGUUUGUUAGCAACUCCCAAAGCACUAUCACCGCCUGCUCGACAGACUAAACGAUUGUGUAUAAAUGUUGACUUUUGUACCGGAGAGAGCGUCAAAGAGGAAGAGAACUCAAGACAAACAGCCCAGCUCUCCCAUUUAACCUCAGUAAUGGACUUUAUACCUCCACUGGAAAACAGACGAGCUCUCAAGGCUCGACAUGCACAGACAAUGUGCAGCUGUUGUGGGACAUUGUUUAUUAAUUACUGGAUCGUCAAGACAACAUGAUUCACUCCAGAGGUUCUGAUGCACAAUCCUGGUGUGUAUGAAGUACUCUUUUGUUGUGAAGAUAUGCUGUAUGUAUCUUGUCAUGAGGUGUAAAUAGUUGUGUGUAAAUACUGAACACUUGGUCACAUUUGGACUUCAAAAGAGGAAACCGCAUUUGGGGAACUACUCAAUCAUUUUUUUCUGCAAUACAUUGGUCAGUAAACACUGAAACCUGCUGAUGGGGAAAAAAGAAACUGUUCUGGAAUGACAUGAAUAUAGUUAUGAAUAUAGUUAUGGGUUGUGGAUUUUUUUUCUCUCUAAAUUUUAAUUUAUUUCAAGCACUUGAACAGGCAUGAAACUUGUACACUGCAAAACUGCAUAUCACUGUUCACAAAGUCAUCAGCUGCACUUUUACUUAAAGGGUUACUAUACCUAAAUUACAGAAAACAUUUUUUUUUUUUUACUUCUAGUUGUAUCUAGUCAGGCAGAUGGUCAUGCUUUUAGGUUAGAUUUUGAGAUGUCUCGAGAUGCUGGUGCCUCCAGCCCAGUACGAUAGAGCUAAAUGGAAUUUUGAUUGUGUUUGUUCACAGCAUUGACAAAUUACAUUUUAAACAUUCAACAGCAGUUUUCUCUCCAGAUAUAAUGUCCAAGUUGCUCUGGACAUGUACCUUCUUUGACAGAAGAAAGUAGUUUCACCGAAGACCUUUCAUUGUGAGGUCUGUGGUAGUGUUGUCAAAAAUAUUGAUUUACUGAUACAUAUUCUUGAAUAUUUGAAACUAUUUCAGUACUCAUUUUCUACACCAAUACCAGCCGUGCUUUCUUGCUCUCUCUUAUUGUUCAUGUUUACUAUAGUCAUUCUGUUCUCUGCUACUAAACAAAAAAAGAAAACUUGGAAUUCAGUCAUGUUACAGCCUUUUAUAUUAAUCUUUUCAUGUACAUUUUAUGCCCUCAUUGUCCAUUUUUCCUGUGGUAUCAAAAAGGCUAUCAAAGUUGAAUAUAAGACUAGACUGUGGUUUAUCCAGUGCAGUGGGGACAUUUUUUUCUCUUUGAAAAAAUGUUGCUAUUGAUUUUUUACAAAUAACUUUUCAAUGCUGUGAGCACAAAAAAGGAUUCCAUUCAAGGACCUACCUUCCUUGACAUUUAAACAAAGUUUAAACUUAGACUAGUCGACUAGUCUAAAGGUAAGACAUCAAUCGAAACGGUUAAAAUGCAACACUGUAAUGGUUAAAUGUUUUCAGGUUGCUGUCCGUCCGUCCCAUUGUUGUGAAAGCAGUAGCUCAAGAAUGCCUUGAGGGAAUUUAUUCAAAUUUGGCACCAACUUUCACUCUGAGUCAGGGAUUAAAUGAUUACAAUUUGGAGGUCAAAGGUCAAGGUCAUUGUGACCUUGUUUGCCAUAUUCUCAUGAACAUGAUCUCAAGAACACCUUCAAGGAAUUUCCCCAUAUUUGGCAAAAACAUCUACUUGGACUCAAGGAUGAACUGAUUAGAUUUUGGUGGUUGGGAGUCAAAGGCCAAGGUCACUGUGACCUCUCAAAAGAUUUUUAGCCAUAACUCAGGAAUUUAAACACUAAUUAUGAAAAAAUUUCACACUGAUGUCUAAUAGGAUACAAUUAUGAAGUGAUGACCUUUUAUAUACCAAAGGUCAACUUCAUUGUGAAAUCAUAAUGUUGUGCAAAAACACUUUCUGGCCAUUACUCAAUGUUAUAACUCAGGAACAGAAGGGGAGACAUUUGGUUAGAUAUUGAAUUGGUCACACCAAUCUGCGGUGUUCCCUUUGAAACUGUACUGAUUGUACAGAUCUUCUGUGCUGCAGAGAAGAUGAUGUGUGUGAAGCAUCCACGUUUUCACAGACAUGGAAGUAAACUGUAAGUGCAACUUAACCGGUGCACGGAGGCACACAGCCGCGAGGUGGUAAUUCUAUUUUCUAAUUCAUGCAGCUGAAAUGUGUAGCACUUUGCUCUGUGCAUUGUGAACACUGCACAUUAUCCUACAAAACACAACCAACAAACAAGUAUUAUACUGGGAAGUCUCAGAGGCAUAUCUAAAAAUCUAGGCUAGCAAAACCCAAACUAUCUGUGUGACUAGAUACCAGACUGAACAUAUUUUUAUGUAAUUUGGCUGGACUGAAAUUACAAAAGAGCUAGCUGGACUAAUAACAGGUCACCUUUUUCAAAAGUCCUUAAUUCAAGGUGUAGGUCACUACGAGGAAAAAAAAAAGCUAUGCUUAGUCAGUUCUCUGCUGCCUGGCUGUCUUUUCUGACCUCAGCUCUGUUGAGCUCCCCUGGGACACCCUGGAUCACCAUGUCAGGAGCAGUGACCCUCUGCCAGCCUGUGACCAGUCCCUCUGCAGAGAGGAAACAUUGCAGCGCCGCAGAUGGAGAUGUUCACAGGCUCUCGGAGUGCGAAAAGCCGAGAUUAGGCUGUAACAGGCCGUCACACAAGGCACUGAGGGACUGUUGUUAAUGUUUACUAGAGCCACAACCACGAUUAUUUACAUUAUUGAUUAAUCUGUCAGCUAUUCUUCCCAUUAAUCAUUAUUUUGUUUGGCCAAAGGUCCAACCCCUAAAAAGAUUAAAUUUACAAGUACUAGAAAAAAAAUUAAAUCUCAAAUUCACAUAUUGUAUUUGAUGAAGUUUAACUUGACCAAAAUAACUGACUAAUCAUUUAAGCACUGAUAUCAGCAGUUGUUACACUGUCUGGUUUACCUGUUAUUUUAAUUUCUUCUUAUUUACGCAGUAGACGUUAAGAUUUCAGUCCAAACAUUGUUUUUUUUCCAUCAGCUUUGUUUUACUCUCCACUUUUGAUUCUGUGAACUUCUUUGCAGUAACAUUUUUGUGCAUUUUAAGGUUUGUAUGGCAUUGAUCUCAUGCAUGUCUAUUCUUCUUUGUUCAUUAUUUAUACUGUUAAAAAUGAUGGUACUUAAGAAUAAAGAUUG